AUGAGAGGGAUUCAGUUACAGUUGAGUCAAACUCAGAAAGUCCGUUUACAGAAGGCUCUAGAACAAUUGGAGUCUCUAUCUUCAAAGGUGAAUUCUGAUGCUUCCGUAACCAUAGCUGAUUCCAUUCCCGUCAACCACGAAGACGGUGUACUCAAGGGACAUGGAACCGCCGAUCUAGAAGGAGAAGUUGUUGCCACUCUCUGUGGAGUCGUCGAGCGUGUUAACAAGCUUGUUUAUGUCCGUGCAUUGCGGUCAAGGUACAAACCAGAGGUUGGUGAUAUUGUUAUUGGGCGUGUUGUUGAGGUUGCUCAGAAGCGUUGGAGACUGGAUAUUAAUUACAGUCAAAAUGCUUAUCUCAUGCUUUCUGCUAUGAAUAUGCCUGAUGGUGUACAGAGACGAAGGACAGCUUUAGAUGAGUUGAAUAUGCGCUGUAUUUUCGAGGAGGCAGAUGUCAUUUGUGCCGAAGUUCGGGGUUUUCAACAUGAUGGCCUACACCUUCAAGCAAGAAGUAAAAAAUACGGAAAGCUUAGUACUGGUCAAUUGGUUACGGUCACACCAUAUUUAGUGAAGAGACAAAAACAACAUUUCCAUCAUAUAGAGGAUUAUGGUAUUGAUCUAAUACUUGGCUGUAAUGGAUUCAUAUGGGUUGGGGAACAUAUUGAAUCUAGAGAUGACAUGAUAGAAGAUCAAGUGAACCAAUCUAAUCCACAAGUUUCAAGUCUUGAAGAACAAGAGAAAAACUAUACCUCACUGGAGACUAGAAAAUACAUAUGCAGGGCUGCUAAUGCUGUUAGAGUAUUAUCUACUUUAGGAUUCAUUAUAACAUUGGAAAUCAUCAAGGGAGUUGUUGAUCUAAGCCUUUCUGCGAAUCUUGAUAUACACGACAUGCUUGGUUCCGAGUUCUGUGUUCUCGUCGCUGAAAAAGAGGCCGAAAGGAGAAGCUCAAAUAAAAAGAGGCGGUAG